CACUAGUCCAGGUAGGUGAUUAGAAAUUAAUUUCAGCCAUUAAUUUGGGUCAUGUCUGGGUAGUUGGGCCCGUACAAGGUUCAUUUCGCGAAACCGAACGAGACAAAUGUAUAUUUGUAACAACAGAAAAAACAAAAAAAAAACAAAAAAAUUGUUGGCCGAAUAACAGAAACACCCUAUUAUUCUGUACUAGAAAAUAGUUUUUAAAAACAAUUAAAAGUUAAAACUUGGAAUAAAAUCAGGAGGAAGCUUCCCCAAGUAUUUUGACCAAAAAAAAAAAAAAAAUCUUCCCCAAGUAUAUUCAUAACUCUCUUCCGUUUUUCAUUCGCCGAGUCCCUCUCUCUCGCUUGCCAUCUCACAUCAGAAAGCCUCUCUCUCCGUCUCGCUAGGAACCAAUAUGUCUUUGAGCAACGAGGAAGACGUCUCGAGCAACUUUGGAUGCAACAUAUGUCUUGAAAUGGCGAGAGAACCGAUCGUGACACUAUGUGGUCAUUUGUUUUGUUGGCCUUGUCUUUACAAAUGGAUCCAUUUCCAUUCCCAGUCGAAGCAUUGCCCCGUUUGCAAAGCUCCCGUCAAGGAAGACAGUUUGGUUCCUUUGUAUGGAUCCGGUAAGCCAUCUUCUGACCCGAGAUCCAAGCCCGCAGCUACAAUCCCUGAUCGACCUGCUGCACCUAGGCUUGAAACCGCUCGUCCUCGGCUCCGACAAAGACAUCAUCAUGAGUCUAAUUUCUUUGGAGGGUUUGCUUCAGUUCCAGGUGGUGCACGGUUCGGGAACUUCUUGUUGUAGAGUACGUAUCUUGACGAAGCCGAGUAGUCACGGUGUUCUGUUUUAGACAAUUAAUGUUUUUAUAAAACUACACAUUGGUUACAAAUUUUGUUUCUGAGCUCCAUUUUUCUACAUCUUAUGUUCUCGUAUAAUAAAGUUUUGAAUUAAUUUGAGAUAUUUGAUUGUUCGGUCUUCGUCAUAAGCUCUUUCUCUCGUGUUAUAUGUGCAUAUUGAUCUCUACAUGAAUGUUGAUUACAUACCAGGAGCCCAUAGACCUUUUUCAUUUCUAUAUUCACAUUUGAAUGCAUUUCUAUGAGAUCCAUCCCGACUGUAUUUUUUGUGUCAUGCUCUCGUAAAUCUUUUUCCCUAAAGUUAUGUGCAUAAUUUGCUUUUUCUUGAAUUCGAAAUUCAUAUAUUCUAGUGUAGAAGCAUUAAUUUGCUUGUAUUUUCAUUAAUUUGCUUUAAUUCAUAUCUUUUUUGUGAAUGCAUUAUCCGAGUCGUGCUUUGAAAUCCAUUUCGACUGUAUUUUUGUGUCAUGCUGAAAAUCUUUUGUAAAUCAUUUUUUUUAAAACUAUGUGCAUAAUUUGCUUCUUUUUUUUUUUGAAACUCGAAAUUCAUAUAUUCUAGCGUAUAAACAUUAAUGAACUUUUAAAUCACUAGACUAACGGACUUCUAAUCAGGGCCGGAUCUGGACCAAGCCCAUUGAAACAUUGGCUUUAGGCCCCCAAAAAUUUUAGACAAUUUUUAUAUGGGUAAAGGCCCCCAAAUCAUCACAAAUUUUUUUUUUAUAAAUGUUCUUAAAAAAUGUUUAAGGCCCCCAUAUUCUCAGAGAUCCGGCCCUGCUUCUAAUUACCCUAGAGACCUUAUGUCAAAUAAUUGUUUCAAUACAACAUAAAAGUCAUUGUCUAACUCGAUAAACCAACCAAGCGAUGGUAGAUUGGUAGGAAAAAAAUAUGACUUAGGACAAGAUGCAAAUCCAUUAGUUAUGAAUUGGAAUUAUGUCAUGAACAAAAUUUCUA